AUGUGGUUAAGAAAGGACCAACAUUUAUGUCUUGCUUCUCAAAGUUUAAUGAUGUCGCGUACAGUCAAGCAAUUCCUCUUCACACUGCACCUUGGUCUCAGUCUUCUGCUCCUAGUUCAUGCCCAGGAUGAUCAAUCAGAAUUCAUUAGCAUAGAUUGUGGCCUGCAGAAAGUUACCUAUACCGAAACGACAACAAAAAUUCGCUACAUUUCAGACGCAAGCUUCAUAGACACCGGUGAAAGUAAAUCCGUGUUGAAUGAGUUUAGAGAUGACUAUCAACAACCCUACUGGUCUCUAAGGAGCUUCCCUGAAGGAACCAGGAACUGCUACAACAUAAACGUCACAAGCGGCAUCAAAUAUUUGAUCAGAGCAAGUUUUGUUUAUGGGAAUUAUGAUGGCCAAGAAAAAGCACCUGAGUUUGAACUCCACCUUGGAGCUAACUUAUGGGAGUCAAUACGGUUUGAGAAUGCCUCCGUAGGAGCAGCACACAAAGAGCUUAUACAUGUCCCACUGCGAAGCUACAUACAUGUCUGUCUGGUGAACACAGGCUCCGGCGUUCCAUUUAUAUCAGCAAUAGAACUCAGGCCUUUACUUAAUGCAUCUUAUCCAACACAAGUGGGGUCGUUGGCGCUUGAGAUGCGAUUUGAUACUGGUCAAGUACCAACUGAUUUUGAAGGAUACAGGUAUCCGUUCGAUGUUCAUGAUCGCUUCUGGUAUGCCUAUGACCGUGAUGAUUGGACACAAUUAAGUACAUCACAGACCAUUGACUCUGGAUCUAGCAAUGAUUACCAACCACCUCCUAUUGUGAUGCGUACUGCUGCAACGCCAAGACAUGUGAAUGCUUCCUUGGACUUCUUCUGGCUGCCUGCUGAUGACAAGGCAUCAUACUAUGUAUACAUGCACUUUGCAGAAGUUGAAAAGCUACAAGCAAACCAAUCCAGACUGCAAUACAUUACUAGGAACGGGCAGGUCUUUUAUGAGUUAUUUGCUCCCGAUUACUUGUACACAAGUACUAUUUUUAGCCCUGCCGCUUUGAGUGGAGGACAAUAUAAUUUUUCAAUCCGUAAGGCAGAGAACUCUACCCUUCCACCCAUCCUCAACGCCAUUGAGAUUUACACAUUGAAGGAAUUCUUAGAGUUAGAAACAAACCAAGAAGAUAUUGACGCAAUCAACAUCAUCAAGUCAGCAUAUAAGAUUAAAAAGAACUGGCAAGGAGAUCCGUGUGCCCCUCAAGCUUACUUGUGGGAAGGUGUAAAGUGUAGCUAUCCUCAAAAUGAGUCCCCAAGAAUCAUAUCCUUGUAA